AUGGCGUCCAUGACGCUGGAGGACGUGAAGAACGAGACGGUGGACCUGGAGACCAUCCCGGUGCAGGAGGUCUUCGCCCACCUCAAGUGCAGCAAGCAGGGGCUGAGCGGCACCGAGGCCCAGAACCGGCUCACCAUCUUCGGGCCCAACAAGCUGGAGGAGAAGACGGAGAGCAAGCUGCUCAAGUUCCUCGGCUUCAUGUGGAACCCGCUGUCCUGGGUCAUGGAGGCCGCCGCCGUCAUGGCCAUCGUGCUCGCCAACGGCGGCGGCAAGCCCCCCGACUGGCAGGACUUCGUCGGCAUCGUCACCCUGCUCUUCAUCAACUCCACCAUCAGCUUCAUCGAGGAGAACAACGCCGGCAACGCCGCCGCCGCCCUCAUGGCCGGGCUGGCGCCCAAGACCAAGUGCUUGAGGGACGGCAAGUGGAGCGAGAUGGACGCCUCCUUCCUCGUCCCCGGCGACGUCAUCAGCAUCAAGCUCGGGGACAUCAUCCCCGCCGACGCCCGGCUGCUCGAGGGCGACCCGCUCAAGGUCGACCAGGCCGCGCUCACCGGGGAGUCCAUGGCCGUGAACAAGCACGCCGGCCAGGGCGUCUUCUCCGGGUCCACGGUGAAGCAGGGCGAGAUCGAGGCCGUCGUCAUCGCCACCGGCGUGCACACCUUCUUCGGCAAGGCGGCGCACCUCGUCGACAGCACCAACAACGUCGGCCACUUCCAGCAGGUGCUCACCGCCAUCGGCAACUUCUGCAUCAUCUCCAUCGCCGCCGGGAUGCUGGUGGAGGUGGUGGUCAUGUACCCGAUCCAGCACCGCGCCUACCGCGACGGCAUCGACAACCUGCUCGUGCUCCUCAUCGGCGGCAUCCCCAUCGCCAUGCCCACCGUGCUGUCCGUCACCAUGGCCAUCGGCUCCCACCGGCUGUCGCAGCAGGGCGCCAUCACCAAGCGCAUGACCGCCAUCGAGGAGAUGGCCGGCAUGGACGUGCUGUGCAGCGACAAGACGGGCACGCUGACGCUCAACAAGCUCACCGUCGACAAGACGCUCAUCGAGGUGUACGGCAAAGGGAUAGACAAGGACACGGUGCUCCUCUACGCCGCCAGGGCGUCCCGCGUGGAGAACCAGGACGCCAUCGACACGUGCAUCGUCGGCAUGCUCGCCGACGCCAAGGAGGCCCGCGCCGGCAUCCAGGAGGUGCACUUCCUCCCCUUCAACCCCGUGGAGAAGCGCACGGCCAUCACCUACAUCGACGGCAAGGGCGACUGGCACCGGAUCAGCAAGGGCGCCCCGGAGCAGAUCAUCGAGCUGUGCCGGAUGCCCAAGGAGGCCGAGAAGAGGGUCCACGGCCUGAUCGACCAGUACGCCGACCGGGGCCUCCGGUCGCUGGGCGUGUCGUACCAGGCGGUGCCGGCCAAGAACAAGGAGAGCCCCGGCGAGCCGUGGCAGUUCGUGGGGCUGCUGCCGCUGUUCGACCCGCCGCGGCACGACAGCGCGGAGACGAUCCGGCGCGCGCUGCACCUGGGCGUGAACGUGAAGAUGAUCACCGGCGACCAGCUGGCCAUCGGCAAGGAGACGGCGCGGCGGCUGGGCAUGGGCACCAACAUGUACCCGUCCACGACGCUGCUGGGCGACAAGAGCACGGAGAUGAGCGGGCUGCCCAUCGACGAGCUGAUCGAGAAGGCGGACGGGUUCGCCGGGGUGUUCCCGGAGCACAAGUACGAGAUCGUGAAGCGGCUGCAGGACCGGAAGCACAUCUGCGGCAUGACCGGGGACGGCGUGAACGACGCGCCGGCGCUGAAGAAGGCGGACAUCGGGAUCGCGGUGGACGACGCGACGGACGCGGCGCGGUCGGCGUCGGACAUAGUGCUGACGGAGCCCGGGCUGAGCGUGAUCGUGAGCGCGGUGCUCACCAGCCGCGCCAUCUUCCAGCGGAUGAAGAACUACACCAUCUACGCCGUGUCCAUCACCAUCCGGAUCGUGCUGGGGUUCAUGCUGGUGGCGCUGCUGUGGAAGUUCGACUUCGCGCCCUUCAUGGUGCUCGUCAUCGCCAUCCUCAACGACGGCACCAUCAUGACCAUCUCCAAGGACCGCGUGAAGCCGUCGCCCACCCCCGACUCGUGGAAGCUCAAGGAGAUCUUCGCCACCGGCGUCGUCCUCGGCACCUACAUGGCCCUCAUCACCGUGCUCUUCUUCUACCUCGCGCACGACACCGAGUUCUUCCCGGAGACGUUCGGGGUGCGGUCGAUCCGGGAGAACGAGAAGGAGAUGAUGGCGGCGCUGUACCUGCAGGUGAGCAUCAUCAGCCAGGCGCUCAUCUUCGUGACGCGGUCGCGGAGCUGGUCGUUCGUGGAGCGGCCGGGGGCGCUGCUGGUGAUCGCCUUCUUCGUGGCGCAGCUGCUGGCGACGUGCAUCGCCGUGUACGCCAACUGGGAGUUCUGCAAGAUGCAGGGGAUCGGGUGGGGCUGGGGGCUCUCCAUCUGGGCCUUCACCGUCGUCACCUACAUCCCGCUCGACAUCCUCAAGUUCAUCAUCCGCUACGCCCUCAGCGGCAGGGCCUGGAACAACAUCAACAACAAGACGGCCUUCACCAACAAGAACGACUACGGCAAGGUGGAGAGGGAGGCGCAGUGGGCGACAGCGCAGAGGACGCUGCACGGCCUCAACCAGGGCAGCAGCAACUCGGAAAUGUUCACCGACAACAACGGCUACCGCGAGCUCUCCGAGAUCGCCGAGCAGGCCGCAAAGCGGGCGGAGGUGGCCAGGCUCAGGGAGCUGCACACGCUCAAGGGCCACGUCGAGUCGGUCGUCAAGCUCAAGGGGCUCGACAUCGAGACAAUAAACCAGAGCUAUACGGUAUGAUCGUCGACGAACCUCCUCCUCGU